UUGAUCGAUCUAUCAUGUGAUGACGUUCUGUGCGGCGCGAGCAACGAGUCGACUGAUGCUCGUCCCGAGGUCUCAUCCCCGCAUGCGCAUGGAACAUGGACCCUUGCUCGGCCAGCGCCUCUCCUUAUUUAUGAACAGUCUACCCCAGACAAUGAUGCGUUUCCCUCAGGUUCAGCUAGCUCGAGCUCCUCGACCAGAAAUCUAUACCAUUGGCAGUUCGCAAAUAUCGUAGGGGGAUUGUCGCAUUUCAAUUGCGCCGCCAGAAUGUCUCCGCCUUCACUUCAAACACCGCUUUCGAAGCUCCUGGGCAUCCAGUACCCCAUCAUUCUAGCUGGCAUGGCUAGAACAAGUGGUGGACCUCUCGCGGCUGCAGUGUCCAAUGCGGGUGGACUGGGUGUCAUUGGAGGGCUGGGAUAUACACCAGAACAGCUUCAAACCAUCAUCGACGAGUUGAAGGCGAACCUUGUCGACAAGUCACUGCCUUUUGGAGUCGACCUUGCACUCCCACAAGUCGGCGGUUCAGCACGUAAAACCAACCACGACUACACGCACGGUCAUCUGGACGAGUUGAUUGAGGUCACGAUCAAGAACGGCGCAAAGCUGUUUGUGAGCGCCGUCGGCGUCCCUCCUGCGCACACGAUCAAAAGGCUACAUGAAGCCGGAAUCCUCAUCAUGAACAUGGUUGGCCACCCCAAGCAUGCAGUCAAGGCGCUGGAAGCUGGUGUCGACAUUGUGUGCGCGCAAGGAGGCGAAGGCGGAGGACACACUGGCGACAUUGCCAACUCUAUUCUGAUCCCCUCGGUGGUAGACGUGGCUCGAAAGUACAAGUCGCCCAUCACCGGGCAACCGGCAAUGGUGGUGGCUGCUGGAGGUAUAUACAAUGGAAGAAGUCUGGCAUCGAGUCUCAUGCAAGGGGCGCAAGGGGUGUGGGUCGGAACCCGAUUCGUCGCAUCUACGGAAGCUGGGUGUUCGCAGAUGCAUAAAGAGAAUGUUGUCACGGCGACGUUCCAGGACACCGACCGCACGCUGGUUGUCAGCGGACGUCCGUUGCGAGUACGAUUGAACGAUUACAUCAAGGAGUGGCAUUCGCGGCCCGAGGAGAUUAAGAAAUUGACGGAGAGUGGAGUGGUGCCGCUGGCCAAGGACAUGGACGACGGGAAGGAUAUAGACAUCCCGUUCUUGAUGGGGCAGGUUGCUGGCGUGAUUGAGGAUAUCAAGCCAGCGAAGCAGAUCAUGGACGAGAUGGUAGCCGAGGCGGUGGAUAUGCUAAGGCUGGGGCAGACGUACAUUGGCGGGCCUGCUAGCAAACUGUAG